CUACCAGUAGUAAACACUUGUUCAGUACGUGAGCACGCUAGUUACGUCACCAGCGGACUCAGUACUUUUAUUUUUAUUUGUUUUUAUUACUAUCUAUUUUUUAAAUAAAUUUUUAUUUGAAACGCUUGUUUCUUGAAAUCGAAAUUUGUCCGUUUUCUACGGUUUAGUUAAUUUAUGUUACCACGAUUAUGGAAAAAUUUGGCCAACAGGUACAUUCUAUGUACGAAACGGCAAUCUCAAUGAGGAUCCGGGAUCCGGAUGUCUUUGGAAUGUGAAAUAAUGCCGCGAAAACGACUGUCGGGGGACCCCCCUGUUCAUAAAUUAGACGAUACCACUGUCGAGAUGAGUCCCAGCCACAACGAACACAAAAAUAUAAUGUGUCGUACCGAGAAACCUGCUCCUCCUUCGACUCCGUUGUCGGCAGGCAAUUAUUUACACAAGAAGUUCAAAAAAGUGGCCACGGCUGACGAUUGUUCCGAUGCUGCUGUUGCUACUACGCCUGCUGCGUUACCAACAGACGAACAUAACGUGGAAGGUGUUUGGAGACACAAGUGUCCUUACUGCAAAACUGUGUGCACCAAGCCCAGCGCUCUUGCCAAACAUUUGCAAGUGCAUUCCGACGAGCGACCGUUUCCGUGUGAAACGUGUGGCUUUGCAUUCAAAACAAAAAGCAAUCUUUCAAAACACUGUAAAUCUCAGUCGCACACCGAAAGACUCGCCAAAGAAGAACCGGAAGUGGCGAAGCCCAAAAUUUACAAACCCAAAUUUCGUACUGUUUCGUUGUACACUAAACUGGAAAAUAACGCGAUUGACAAUCCUGAAUCACAAUUGCCCAACAAUACUCCCAAGUAUGAUUCAUCACAACCAUUAAACCUAUCUGUGACUUCUGUCAAGAAAAGUUCAGAAAGAGAUAUUCCUCCAGUUGAAAACGGCAAAUCUGAAUUAAAAGGUGUCUAUAAGUUAUUGUUGAAUCAGAUAGUCAAGUGUAACGUGAAGAAAUCGCAUCUUUUUUGCGAACAGUGUGGCUUAAAGUUUAACAAUCUCGAAGACUUGACUAGGCACGUAUGCGAUAAAAGUCCAACAAAACUUCAUAAUGCCAAGACAGUCGUCAUGCCUCUACCGUCUCCAGGCCCUUUAUUGGGUCGAACACCUCUCGUUGAAUUCCACCGACCCAAGGAGCCGGAUACGCCGACAAAGCCCCCAAUGUUUGUUCGUAUGGACGACAUCGGACAACAGCGUGGUAUGCUUACUAUUUUGCAAGGUGGAAGAGCUGUACCAUUUGUCCCUGGAAUACCUGGUCCUCAUACAGCUAUUCCCCAACAAAUGCGGUCUCCCUAUGAACUGAAGCAAACCGAACCUCCCCCAGCAAAGAAACCAAAAUUAGAAGAAGAAUUUGUCAUUUCUACUGCGCAACAGAUUACAAAUACCUCUGUAACAACUACAACUGUAGUAGCUCAAAAAUUUGUACGUCCAACAUCAUUGGCUUUUAAACCAGGAACUUUUAGUACAAAUAGAAUGUUGCCUGUGGUUAGUCCAGAUACACCCAGACCAAAGAAAAGUUAUCAGCAGCUAUACUUAAAUGGGCAUGCAUAUACAUAUCUUGGUCUCAAAUGCUCUACAAGAGUAUUUUACUGUACAUUGACUAAAUGUCAACCAACAUACACUAUCCUUCCAGAAGUUAACAACAUAUCUAUGUACUCUAAUUGGAAGAUUUGUUCUGAUGUGGGUAAUAACAUGCUUGGUAUACGUGGUAUGGAUUUCUAUGAUUCAAGUCAACGAAAUCAUAGAUAUACAUUAGCUGGAAAAUCUCAUGACUAUUUAGUUGCUCAUUCUUCUUACAAGCACCAAAAGACUCCUGAAAAGUCCAACAAAAUAGAGAUAUCAUCAGCUGGUAAACUAAAGAUAUGCCCGGGUGGUUUUGAGUCCAAUGAAGAUUAUGUGUAUGUAAGAGGUAGAGGGCGAGGGCGAUAUGUUUGUGCUGACUGUGGAAUUCGUUGUAAAAAACCAUCAAUGUUAAAAAAGCAUAUCAGAACCCAUACAGAUUUGAGGCCUUAUACAUGUACACAAUGUACUUUUAGUUUCAAGACCAAGGGUAAUCUUACGAAACAUAUGAAAUCAAAAGCUCAUUUUAAAAAAGGAGUUGAACAAGACUUAAAUCAAUCAUCAUCUGAUGAAGUGAAACAGCUAGAUUCAGAAGAUAUGGAAGAUUAUUCUGAAGAUAAUUUGGAUGAAGAUGAUGAUGUUGAUGAAGAGGAAGAAGAUGAUGAUAUAUUGGAUAGACUUAGUUGGCGUAAAUCACAGUCUGAUUUUGAUGCCGCACGUUCUUUAUUAAGGCUUUCACAAGUAACUCCUUCUCAAAUACCUCAGUCAAAUCAUGCUAAGGCUGGUAUUUUACCAUAUGACCAUAGGCCAGUAUCAUAUCCAUAUCAAUCUCCUUUACCAUUAACAGAAUCUGAGAUGCUAGGAAAUAAUUUACCUGAGAAACAAAUAAGUUUAUCUGCACAACCAUGUAAUUACUCUGCAGUUUCAUCAGGUCUUCCUACAUCUUCCCCUGACACAAUUCCAGCUACCCUUCAAUCUAGACCUUCAGAUCUCAGGCAGUUUAAUUCAGUAUCCAAUAAUAAUCAAAAAACAAAUGGUAAUAAACCUAUAGAUUUAUCGCGUUUUGGAAAUAAUUUAGAAAGUGAUCAUGGUAAUAAAUUACAUACAAUCAUUUCACCUCCAAGAAAGCCUAAAGCAUUGUUUAGACAACCAACUACAAAUGGUCCAUCACAAAAAUAUACAAGUAUUUUGGAAGAUGGGCGAAGUAAAUGUAUGGUGUGUGAUAAAGUGUUCAAUAAACCCAGUCAAUUACAGUUGCACAUUAAUAUACAUUAUUUUGAGCAACCAUUUCGCUGUGAAACCUGUAAAGAAUCAUUCCGGACUAAACAUCUUCUGCAAAAGCAUUUAGAUUCUAAUUCACACUUAAAUAAAACAAAUAUGAUUACUACCCAAGGGCCAGUUAUUAAAAAUCCACGACCUUUUGAAUGUGCUGAUUGCCAAGUUGGUUUUCGAAUUCAUGGACAUUUAGCAAAACACUUACGUUCAAAAAUGCAUAUCCUUAAGUUGGAGUGUCUUGGAAAAAUACCAUUUGGAACAUAUGCAGAAAUUGAAAGAUUGGGACUAAAUUUAAAUGAUAUAGACACCACAGAUUGUGAUAGUGCUCUGAAGAGUUUACAAGCCAGUCAAAAAGCAGUUUAAUAGCAAAUAAAUUCAUAUUGUUAAAAUUGAAUUUAAUUGAUCCUGAGGAGUAAAUAUUGAGCACUCAAUUUAUUAUAAAAAGACUGAUUUCUAGAGUUUUAUUUUGUAACAUCUAGAAAACUGUGAUACUGAGACUUAUAAUAUAACCUUGCAAUAUUACAGCAUGACAUAAACAAAUGAGCAAUUGAAGUGUCCACACAUUUUAUCCAAAAUGUUGUUGUAGUUUUUUGCUCUGUUAAAUUAUUGUUAUAUAAAAAUGGGUAAAAAUUGGAAAUGUAUGAAAAAAAUGUAUAUGUACAUUAUUAUUAUUAUACUUUCAACUAAGUUUUAGAGAAAAUUAAAGCUUAGUUAAUUUAUUAUUGAUGAGGUAUUGUACAUUUCUAUGUAAAAUUGAUGGAAUUGUUUGUUUAUUUUGUGUAAUUUGUUAUAUAUUGAUGUUUCACUUUUAUUCAAAAUGGAGUAAAUGAUGUGUUUAAGCUUAUA